UCCCUCCCGGCUCCUCUUCCUCAGGCGGACCCGAAGUACGCUGUAGACCUCCCGCUGUACAUCACCUGGAGAGCUCCCGCUGUACAUCACCUAUAGAUAGACCUAUCACCGGACCCUCCCGGACACCACCCGGAUAGCGUCAUCGUCACUCGGUCCGUGUUCCCGGAGCUCAUCGUAACAAGUCCGUGUUCUUGGAGCUCGUCGGCCCGGUCCACCGCUUUCGCAGCUACCGCAGUGUGGGUCAGGUCGCCCCGCGGGGAGCCACGGAGCACCGCAGUGUCGUUGAGGGAGAACAGCAGGGGUGAGAGAGCACCGCCGGGGAGAGACCGCAACACACGGCGUGUUUCUGGGAUGGACUGCGCUCUCGUCGUGGAGACCGUCCAGGGAGUCUGACCGCGUCCCCCGUCCGUCCGUCCGUCCGUCCGUCCGUCCGUCCGUCCUCAACACCCUACCCGACUGUCCCCACACCCCGCCCGGACCAAACGGAGGGAGAUGACCCAUCGCCCCUCCGGCCCGCACCAUGAACCUCCCGUCCCUAGGGGGCGCAAUAGGAGAGUCCCUGGGCUCUAACCUGACGUCACGUAGCAUGAGCGGCGCCGCCGCCGGCUGGAGCGGCCUCCCGCUGAAGCCCGCCCCCUCCGGGCGCCUGGGCUCGCUGUUCCACACCAUGGUGCCCACCGGCUACACCAAGCUGCAGGACCAGGAGCGGCUGGCCAUGGUGGACAUGGGGUCCAAGCCCGACGACGGCGGUUACCGGGGAGCAGAGGGGUCCGAGGGGGGCGGUGGAGGCAGCGGCGGUGGCGGCGGAGGAGGCGGAGGAGGAGGAGGAGGAGGAGGAGGAGGAGGAGGAGGGCGGCGCCACCUGGACCGCGCGUCGCGCUCCUCGCUGAGCCAGUCGGACUGCGGGGACGGGCGCUACGGGGAGGCGGAGCCUAUGCUGCCCGAGGGGCGGCUGUCGGGGGACGAGGGGGAGGAGGAGGAGCGGGAGGGGGAGGAGGGGGAGGAGGACGACGACGACGAGGAGCGGCAGGUCACCUCCUCGAUGGCGUCGCGGGCCGCCAACAUGCCCAAGGAGUCGCCGCUGGCCAUGGCGCUGCAGAUCCUGGUGCCCUUCCUCCUGGCCGGGUUCGGGACGGUGUCGGCCGGGAUGGUGCUGGACAUCGUGCAGCACUGGGAGGCGUUCAGGUACAUCACGGAGAUCUUCAUCCUGGUUCCGGCUCUGCUGGGUCUGAAGGGAAACCUCGAGAUGACGCUGGCCUCCAGACUGUCUACUGCGGUGAACGUGGGCAAGAUGGACUCACCCAUCGAGAAGUGGAACCUGAUCAUAGGGAACCUGGCGCUGAAGCAGGCCCAGGCCACGGUGGUGGGCUUCCUGGCGGCGGUGGCGGCGGUGGUCCUGGGGUGGAUCCCAGAGGGCCGCUUCCAGAUGAACCACGCGGUGCUGCUCUGCUCCAGCAGCGUGGCCACCGCCUUCAUAGCCUCCAUGCUGCAGGGUAUCAUCAUGGUGGGGGUGAUCGUGGGCUCUAAGAAGACGGGCAUCAACCCGGACAACGUGGCCACGCCCAUCGCCGCCAGCUUCGGUGACCUCAUCACCCUGGCCAUCCUGGCCGGGAUCAGCCAGGGCCUGUACAACUGCCUGGACACCUACCCGUACGUGUCCUUCCUGGUGUGUGCCUUCUUCCUCUCACUCACCCCUCUCUGGAUGGUGAUCUCCUCCAAGCACCCGGCCAGCCGCCAGCUGCUCUACUCUGGGUGGGAGCCCGUCAUCACCGCCAUGGUCAUCAGCAGCAUCGGGGGGCUCAUCCUGGACAAGACGGUGUCGGACCCCAACCUGGCCGGGAUCGUAGUGUACACCCCGGUGAUCAAUGGGAUCGGGGGUAACCUGGUGGCCAUCCAGUCCAGCAGGAUCUCCACUCACCUGCACAUCCACUGCGUCCCCGGGGAGGUGCCCCCGGAGGCCAGAGGCUGCUACUACCCCUGCCGCACCUUCUACGGCAGAGGAGCCAAUCACCGCUCGGCCCAGGUGCUCGUGCUAUUGGUCAUCCCAGGUCACCUGAUCUUCCUGUACACCAUCCACCUGAUGAAGAGCGGCCACACCACCCUCACCCCCAUCUUCAUGACCGUCUACCUGGCCGCCGCCCUACUACAGGUGUGUGUGUGUGUGUGUGUGGGUGUGUGUUAUUUUCUGGCAUUAUUAAUAAUAAAUUAACAACGUUUUAUUUCA